AACGUCAUCUCUCGGGUGUCGAGUCUGUCGACGCCCAGCCCACAAGCACAAGAUUACAACUUCGAGCAAGUGCUUCUCAGUUCUCACACAUUUACACAGACAUGACAUAAAGACUGGUGAUGGAGGACAUAACCUCGAAUUUAUUCUUUGCUCUUCUCGUCAUAAUUGACCGGAUCUGCAGCACUCAGUCAUUCAACAUUGGCACGGCGGAUCCCAAGAUUUUCAGCGGACGCGUGGAAGAAGAGUUUGGCUACACUGUCAAACAGUUUAAAAACCAUCAAGGGAAAUGGCUGUUGGUGGGUGCCCCUUGGGGUGGAUUCACCAGAAACAGGAAAGGGGAUGUUUAUAAGUGUCCUGUCUCAGGUCCCAGCACCAGCUGUGACGAGCUCCGGCUGCAUGAUGACAUGAUUAUUCCAAAUGUGAGGAACGUUGACACAAACAUGAGUCUGGGUUUGACUCUUACCCGGAUGCCAGAAACAAAGGGUUUGUUGACGUGUGGUCCACUCUGGGCUCAGCGCUGUGGCAGUCAGGACUACUACCCAGGAGUGUGUGCAGAACUCAGUCCGCUCUUCAGAGCCCAGCCUGCCUUCUCCCCUGCUGUCCAGCCUUGCGGGGGUCCUAUGGACAUUGUGAUCGUUUUGGAUGGUUCCAACAGCAUUUAUCCAUGGGAACCAAUGAAUAUGUUCCUUGAGAAACUAAUUCCUGCCUUGGACAUCGGUCCUCAAAGCACACAGGUCAGUGUCAUUCAAUAUGCGGUGUAUCCCAAAUUUGAAUUCCAACUGAGGGAACACGGAACCAAAGAAACUCUCCUUGCUGCAGUUACCAAGAUCACUCAGAUGUCUGGAGGCAGCACUAAUACCUUUAAAGCCAUCAAAUACGCAAGCAAGCAGGGCUUCCAUCCGACGAGCGGGGCCCGUCCGGGGGCCGCCAAGGUGAUGGUGGUGGUCACCGACGGCGAGUCCCACGACGAGGAAUUAAGAGCCAACGCCAUCGAGGAGUGUCAGAAACUAGGAAUCACCCGCUUUGCCAUCGCUGUACUUGGCUACUACAUAAGAAACAACAUUGACACAAAAAACUUGAUUGCUGAAAUCAAGUCAAUUGCCAGUUCACCUGUGGAGAAUUUCUUCUUCAAUGUGUCUGAAGAGGCAGCCCUUUCGAAGAUUGCUGGGGCCCUGGGAAACCGUAUCUUCAACAUAGAGGGCACUGGGAAAGGCGCGGACAAUUUCCAGAUGGAGAUGUCCCAGGUUGGGUUCAGCGCUCACUACGCACCUAAACAGAACGUGUUGAUGCUGGGAGCGGUGGGGGCGUAUGCAUGGAGCGGCACUGUCGUACACAAAACUGAUUCCAGAGCAGAUAUCUUUCCCUUUACCGCCUUUGAGAAAACCCUUCAAGACAGGAACCACAGCUCCUUACUGGGCUACGCGGUGACCAGCCUCAGCGACGGACCCCGGGAGUACUUCGUGGCGGGCGCACCCCGCUCCAACCACUCUGGACAGGUGGUGGUGUACACCGUCAACGGGCGGAAGGAGGCCACCGUGGUGGACACGGAGAGGGGGAAGCAGAUCGGCUCCUACUUCGGCAGCGCCCUGUGCUCGCUGGACGUGGACGGUGACGGCACGUCGGACCUCCUGCUGGUGGGAGCGCCCAUGUUCAUGAGCGAGCUGAAGAAGGAGCAAGGCCGGGUCUACCUCUUCUCCAUCACCAAGGGAAUACUGAACGAGCAAGGCUUCCUCAGCGGGCCUUCGGCCUCGGAGAAUUCCCGCUUCGGGAUGGCGAUCUCGGCCGUCCCGGACCUGGACCUGGACGGGUUCAGCGACGUGGUGGUGGGGGCGCCGCUGGAGGACCAACACAGGGGCGUCCUGUACGUCUACAACGGGCAGCACAAGACCCUGAACAAGGCCUUCUCACAGAGGAUCCUUGGCUCCGAGCUGGACCCCAAGCUGCAGUAUUUCGGGCGGUCCAUCGACGGCCACGGAGAUCUGAACGACGACACCAUCCCGGACGUAUCGGUCGGGGCGUACGGGAAGGUGGUGCAACUCUGGUCCUGUGGUCUCGCUACAGUCACGGCCAAAGCCAGCUUCACCCCUGAUAAGAUCAGUAUUCUCAGUAAGCCUUGUCUUAUCAGCGGACGAAAGGUGUCCUGUUUCAGCACCAAGAUAUGUUUCACGGCUGUCUUCAGACCCAAGAACCCGAUUGGACCCAUCGAUUUGUCCUACAACUUGACUCUGGACGCCGACUUGCAGUCUUCACACGUGACGUCUCGGGGUCUAUUCACGCUGUCGAACGACCGUCUACUUUCUGGGGAUGUCAAAGUAUUAAAAGAUCCUGUAUGUCAAGACUACCAAGUCCUUGUACAGGACACCCCAGACUUUGUGAACUCCAUCAGUCUACGGGUGGAUGUCGCUCUCCGGCAGAAACAUUCCAACCCCGUGCUGGACGUGUUCUCCCCCAGUGCGUGGGAGUUCUUUAUCCCCUUCUUAAAAGAGUGCGGUUCGGACAAGGUGUGUGUGAGCGAUCUGUCGCUGAGUGUGAAGAGGGGGCCAGAAGUGCCAAGUUCGGGCCCAAUGUUGGUCAGCUACAACAAACGAGUGUCGUUUGAGGUGGCUGUGAAGAACAAGCUGGAGAACGCCUAUAACACACAGCUGCUGGUCAAGUACUCAAGCAGCCUCUUCUACGCCUUUGCCUCCAGCCCAAAGGACGGUACGUCUGUUAUCUGUACCUCCACAACACAAGAGAUGCUCGUUGCUUGCCAAGUAGGAUACCCCGCUUUAAAAACUGGCCAAGAGGUACAAUUUCUGAUUCAUUUUGACUUCAACCUUGACGAAUUACAUAGGCAAGCAGAGGUGAUCUUUGAAGUGAAAAGUGACAGUAAGGAAGACAGACCUUCAGACAACAAAAAAGACAUAUCAAUAUCUCUCCAGUAUGAUGCUGGACUUACUUUGUCCAGGCAGUCAAAUAUCAAUUUCUACGUUGUAAACCAAACCACUGCUGUGCAAACUGAGCUGAAGUCCCUCAAUGACAUCGGCCCUGAGUUUCAAUUCUCUGUCAAGAUCUCAACAGAUAAUUUCCCUGUGAACCUGCUGUACCUGACAAUAGCUAUUCCCAUGACAACCAAAGCUGGAAAUCCACUGCUCUAUAUCACCGGCUUGAAGACACGAGCAGGAGGUUCCACCAGCUGUGAUUCCAGGGAGCUCGUCGACCCGCUGAAAAUCGGGGGGAAACCCAACAAAGUCUCCUUCACCAAGGAGACUCUGAGGGACCACACAGGGAUGGCCUGUGAAGAGACCAACUGCCACGUUGUCAAGUGCAUCCUGAAAGACAUGGAGGCCAAGAACCACUACUAUGUCAACGUGACAACAAGGAUUUGGAGUGGCACAUUUUCUUAUGCUACGUUCCAGACUGUUGACCUGACCUCUAUGGUAGAGAUUGAGAGCUCCCAGCCCGAUCUCCUGCUCAUCAAACACAGGAAGUUAUCAGUGACAGUAACGGUCAGUAAACCCGGAGAGAUCGCUGAUGUUCCUAUCGGGGUCAUAGUGGGCAGUAUUAUAGGAGGGCUACUGCUGCUUGCACUUGCUGUUGGUCUGAUGUGGAAGUUUGGCUUCUUUAAAAGGAAAUACAAGAAGAUGCAAACGGAUGCGGCUGAGGAGAUGGAACUCAACGCACCAGAAGAUGAGGGAGACCUGUGAGACGACGGAGAACACGUUCUGGGUUGGAUUCCAUCGGAGCUCCCCACAGGUUGUGUGGUACAUGUAGCCAAGACAAAGGCUUAAUAAAGGAACGUUGUACAAUUGGAUUCGAGGCAAACCAGUGGUAAACAUGAGGGUUCUGUCGACAUGUCUGCGGGGCUGAAGGAUGCUCCAGAUCUGUGGAUGAACUGCUGUUCAUUGUAGCAGUCUUUCAUCUUGAUUGUAUGUUGUUACAUUGAUGCAAAGCACUUGAUUUUCAAGGUGUAUUUUUUUUGUUAUUUUGGUCAAACAAUUGUGUUCGAUUUUUUUUCACGUCAAAAUUACAGGGAUUUAGAUGAAUUUAUUCAACUUUAGGCAGAAUACUAGUCAGUUUAAAAAAUCUAUGCAUAACCAAAUGGCAUACCAUCAGAAAAGUGCAUAGAACCAACCAAUGUAUCAAAACUAACAUUAAGAUAGUAUAGCUUUAAAAUUAGAAAAAGAUAAAAUACACACGGCACACAGCUGCAAACGGGGAAUAACGAAUAUAUUUACAAAGUGAAUAUAUUUGUGUGCAAUAGAUUGCGACUACUGUUAACCAAGUCUGCAAGUAUUUUUAAUUGAGAAAGUAUUGUAUAGUCGAGUAUUUCUGCAUUGAGAAAAUGUAUUUUACGACCUUUUUUAUUAUUAUUUUCUACGUUUUUUACAUUUUUAAUUAAAGGUACUGGUUUGGAAUGUUCUGCUAAAUAUUUUUGUAAAUAUUGUUGAAUUCUACAGCAUAAUAACAUGAUAAUGUGUUGAGAGUUGAGAGAAUUUUUCUUUCAAUGCAUAAUGGUUGUUCCCCUCAACUCUUAAAAUUAUUUAAGUUGUAACAUUAGCUAACACUGUUAGCUGACCCAAGUUUUGUAAAUCGAACUUUUUCUUUUAAUUCACAUAUUGAACUGCAAGGGGCCAACAACAGUAAACUCUGUACUUCUUUAAGAAACUGCAGCCAAUACAGCUCUCUUGGUGUCCAAAGUAGCCUCACCAUUUGGGUGUUUUUGUUAUUAUGCAAUAUUUGCAAAAUGGAGGUGAGCUAAUCUCAUGUAGAGACAAUGAAAACAAUUGUUAAAUUGCUUCAUUUUGUUCAAUUGUGUGCAGUUUUCUAUUUCAAACUGGAAUUAUCUCCCAAAAAUCUGAUGUGAAUUGUUUUAAAUAUUUUUAAUUGUAUAAUAAAUAACUGAAUACUUAAGCACCACCUUCCACUUUUCAAGAUGUUGGCAAAAAUUGCAAACAUUUGGCAUUAUUUUUCAAUUGGAAUAGCUUGUCUGAUCGAUUGGAUCAUGCAUCUAUCAAAAUCCGGCCACACUGCAGUAAUCUGCGGCCUCGUUUGUAUGGCCUCUCCACUAGAUGUCAGUGGAGUACAGACUUAAUACUAAGUUCUAGCAAUUCAUUCUUCACUUUUAGUUGACUGCUCCUAAUAUGCCCCAUGCUCCAUAUUAUCAAGUCUUAUUAGAUCUAGGAUUAGGUAUUUUAUCAUUUCAGUUCAGGCAUUUUUUGUUGGAAUCGUGUUUUUUACUAACAGAUAGGCCUACGCCUACCCCCUUCGGCCCUGAUGGAGUCCUUAGCUAUGAAAGCAAUGGAUAAUACUAUUAAUGGCUGCCAUGUUUCCAUUACUAUGAAAAGCAAACACCAAUUUGCUAAAGCUAAAUGUAACGUUCGCUUUUUCUUUUUAAUAGUAUGCCUACAUGAACUGUUAAAGUAGUAGGCUACACUGUUGAUUAUUUUUAUGAGUAUUAAAUGUGAAUGUACAACUAGGCCUAUAGCUCCAAUGAACAUUUUAAGUGGGAUAUAUAUAAUAAUCCAAGAAUUCCCGUAUUCAUGUUCGUCCACUCAUUAAAUUGGGUCUAUCA